ACCUAUAGCACUACAGUCUGAAGUAACUACUGUCGGUUUCUUGAGUUAUGGCUGGUGUUGUGGCUAUGGCUUCUGUCAUUGAGGACUUUGACACCCAGCCUUGCAAGAAAUCUCGCAAAGAUGGGAGCAGUUCCGUUGUCAAAACGAUCACAAACUAUUUCUCUCCUGUGCCGAAACCCGUGGAGAAACCUUUUUCUCCUCCUCGCUCCAACAACAUCAUGGACUACUUCAGCAGAAAGGCUCCACCUUCUAAAGAAAAGACAAGUCCACCACAGCAACCUAAAGAAAACGACCAAAAGUCUCAGUCUGCAGAAAAACAAACCAGGUCAGAAAUGAGGAAACAGACCUCCGAGAAACGAAAAAAAUCUUGCAAAGCUGCUAAAAAACUUGUUGCUGAAAUUGUUAAUUUGACUGAUGAGGCGAGCUGCAUGAUUGUAGAAGGAACGGAUGAUAACUCUGCGGUAGAAGCCGUUAGCUCGACACUUGGCAGAGAUACAGCAGUUCAGUUAUCAAAGCUUAGCGCUGUGGCUUAUGAAUCGGAUAUAUCAGACCUCGCUGAUGCUAAAUCUGUUAGUGAAGAGCAGAAUGAAGAAGAUUCACCUCCAGACUGUGGCUCUAAAUGUGAAAAUAAUGUCAAACAGGAGACGGAGCCAAACACUACUGAGUUAUCCACAACUGUUCCUUCAAGAGUUAAAAUAAAACAAGUUAAAACUGCUGCACGAAACGCUAGAAAGAGACAACAAAAGGAGACAAAGUCCCCUCAAACAGAGAAAAAAGAAGCAGAGGGGUCGCUGUGUGAUGAUAGCAUGGAGGUCAACAUGGAUGAGGCCUCUCAGUUGAACAUCAGCACUGUGACCAUUUCUUUUGAGGAUUUUGUGCGGAGUCAAAACAAGGUGGAAGAGGGUCUAAAAGAUGACAAGGCCAAAGACUGUGAUGGUGAAAGCUCAACAGAAGUAGAAGAAUCAAAGCAUUUAGACGUCACUAAAUGUAAAGGUGGUGUGAGUCCAGUGGUGCCAUCUGCUCAGAUCUCGCCUCGAACCGUCACCAUCCAGGCUGAGGUGCAUGAAGUCUCGCCCAAACAGGAAGCAGCUAAGGCUGUGGGGAAGGUGGCUUCGAUUUUUAAAAAGAAAAACGCCUCUAAUAGCCCUGCGGAGAUCGUCUCAUCUCCUCACAUUAAGGAACACCACAGUCCAACGCUUUCUUCGACCACAAAACAAAAAUCAAAUGUGGUUCUUCAAGAGGAGGAUCUGGAGUUGGCUGUGAUUGAGAGUGAAUCCACUCCGAAGUGCAGCGAAGCAGAGAGGAAGCAGUUCAUGGCUGCCUUCAAACAGCCCAGCCUGGACGGAGCCAAAACCAAACCUGUGAAAAGCCAAGGCAAACCGAAGCCGGCUGAAGAGGAGGCUGCAGACAACACGACAGAAGAGGAGUUUGUAACCGUUCCUUCUGAUGACGACCAAGGCUCUCAGAACAACAAGGCAGCUAAGAGGAAACCUACGAAAAGAGGGAGGAGCAAAGCUAAAAAUGUAAAAGAGGCAGCAUCACCUGCUGGCUCAGCUGCCGAAGAAACUCCAGUUAUAAUCAUUGAAGCUGAGGACAAAAAAGAGGAGCCCCCCGUCUCCUCCAGUCCUUCAGCCCCGGCACUGAGGAGGUCCAGACGAGAAGCCGUGCUCAGACAAACACCCGAAACCACCAAAACAUCCCCUGUGAAAAAAACCAGGAGUCAAAAAGAGUCGAAGGAGGACGUGGCUGCUGUUUUACCUGAGGACAGUCCUGUGAACAUGUCCACCGCAAAGAGACGCAGGUCCAAACAUGGCGUCUUCGUAGCACAGAUGGUGAGUCCACCAAACGCCAAAGAAAGUCCAAUCAGAAUAAAAUUUAGCAGAGUUCAUAAAAAUUCCACCUCUAAGGCUGAAAGUGGAAGUAACAAAACGUCGACAAGUAAAACGUUAAAUGAGUCCAACAAAAGGAAGCAGGCAAAGGAGCUGGUGGAAAAAGCCAAAAGGAUUCAGCAAAGCAAGAAAAUGUGUGUGGAGAAGGACGCAAUAAGGAGAUCAUCACGAGUCAAGACCUCCAUCCAGAGGAGCUACUGUGAAGAUGAGGAUUCUUUGAUCUGCGUUGAGGACCUGACCUCCACUCCUCAGGGUUCACCAGGAAAAAGUAAAACCCAGAAACCUUUACGCAGUCUGAACGACGUUCUGGGCAAAGUCAAAGACACCAAAACUGUCGCAGGCUCCAAAGUGGCCUCACUGAGCCAGGAGACGUGCUCUCGGAGGGCGUCUGCUGUGGUCUCUAUCUUUGAUGAGAGCAGCCACGAGGGGUCAGAAAACUCCCAGGAUGACGAGCAGUUCAGGGCACGCAGGGAGUUCUUGAAGAGCGGUUUGCCCGAGUCCUUUAGAAAACAGAUAGCAAAGGUCGCCGCCACCAAAGAGGCGUACUCCGUCUCCUCUUCCUCCUUCCAGACUGUCACGCACACAACACAGCCCCCAGAUGAUUGUCGUCUUUGGAGUCUGCCGUGGCCCGAGUCUUCCCUGCUGAGUCAUCUGAAGGAGACGUGGAGCCGAACUUUGAACCGACCUCCAGCUGUUGGUGGCUCCCUCUGUGUGAAGACAGUACCAGCCUAUAGAGUGGUUUAUGAAAAGGGGUCGGGCUGGAGGCCUGAAUUCUCUGAAAGUAUUCGCCAGCUACUGGUGGAGGAGCUCAAAAUCUCCAACUCUGACUUCCCCGCUCAGAUCUUCUUCAGUCGUUUCCUAAGGCGACGUGCCGAGCAUCAGAGGCAGUUCACAGCUUCAGAGCCCGAAGCUGUGGCCAAAGAUAAGACGUGUACGCCACAGUCUGCUAAAUCUGUUGGGAGGAAGAGGAAGAGGACUGAAGAUGAGAGGGAAAGUAUGAUGAAGAUGGCUGAAAAGGAGAAAUCGAACCAUUCGGUGCAGAACAUCGCCACAGCUGAUCCACCUAGAAGAGGGAAACGAAGUCUGAGAUCGAGGGAGAAAAAGGAGGAGGAGUUGAAGGAGAAACUCAGACCUGCUCCCGUCCCAUCUGAAGAUGAUUGUGUUCUUAUCGUGGAUGACCAGAUUUUGGAAGAGGAUAUUGGAAAGAAAGAUGUGGUGAAAGAGGAUUUGUUGUGGACGGAUAAAUAUCAGCCUCAGCUCUCCAGUGACAUCGUGGACAACGUUGCUGCAGUGAAGAGGCUCCAAAGCUGGCUGAAGGAGUGGAAACUUCGUACAGACAGAGAAGAGAGAAAAAAUCAGAAAGACAAGAAACGAGAAGAAGACGGCAGUGACUCAGACUGGGGAGAUGAGGACUCUCAGGAAAUGGAGGACAUGUUGUGCAACACAGUUCUCAUCACAGGACCCACUGGAGUGGGAAAAACUGCUGCGGUCUAUGCUUGUGCUCAAGAGCUCGGCUUCAAGGUGUUUGAGGUGAAUGCAUCGUCUCAGCGGAGCGGUCGUUUAAUACUGUCCCAGCUGAAGGAAGCUACUCAGUCCCACCAGGUGGACAGUCAGGGGGUCAGCGCCUACAAACCCGCCUAUUUCAGCAGCUACGGAGCAAACGGCAGCAGCAGCUCUGUUAAACCAGGAAAUUGUUCAAGAAAGGUUAAGUCCCCUCGUACGGUGGUUUCCUCCCCCAGGAAAACCCCCCAGUCACCGAGGAGUGCUAAAAAAGGAGGCCUGGCUCCAACCUCUUUAGCUAAGUUUUUUAAAAUGGCUCAACCCACCUACACAGAGCCACCGACAACUACAGGAAAAGAGGAGAAAGCUCCUUUGAAGAAAGCCAUAAAAGGAAAUGAGAAUGGUGACAAAACCAACAAUGUUACGAUGAAAUCUCCCGCUGCCGGCAGCACUAAAGAGAAGACGAGCAAGGAGCAGAACAAGGCGGCUACGUCACUUAUCCUGUUUGAAGAAGUGGAUGUUAUUUUUGAAGAUGACUCAGGGUUUCUCGCUGCCAUCAAGACGUUCAUGAGCACCACGAAGAGGCCCGUCAUCCUCACUACCAGUGAUCCUGCUUUCAGCAAGAUGUUUGAUGGAAGCUUUGAAGAGAUUAAUUUCAAAACUCCCUCGCAUUUGAAUGUGGGCAGCUACCUGCAGCUGCUGUGUUUGGCUGAAGACGUCAGGACCAGCCCGGCGGACGUCGGCUCUCUGCUCAGGCUCAACGCUUGUGACAUCAGGCAGAGUUUACUGCAGCUGCAGUUCUGGACUCGGAGUGCAGGAGGUUGUCGCUCAUCAAGGCCGCUGGCGCACGCUGCCCAAAAUGAAACUGAAGAGGCAGCUGACGACUCAUGUGUCUUACCUCCCUGUGACACCGGCUGCACCGAGAGCAAACUGGGCCUGCUCAACGUUGAACCCCAUAAAAACAUUUGGGAGCUGCUCAGGAGCCAGAGUUUGAUGGAGGAGGCGGUUUGUUGGGAACUUCUGACAGACAGCCGGCGACGAGGAGUUGAUCUUCUCUAUUCCAACAUGGAGACCCUCCUACCUCUACCUCUCACACAGCUGGCUACCUCCAGACUCUCUAAACCAGUGCCCCAAACGUCCUUUUCACAAGACAAUCAAUCUGUUGUCCCAACACAGCAGCCGAUUGACAGCUCAGACGAUAGUAGUCCAGUCAAAGUGUCCAACCGAAUGAAGAGGAAUAAAAAACGGCGCCAUCUUUCUGAUCGGGACGAGCUGCACUCCGAGUCAGACUCUGAAGACGGAUUUCCAUCUCUCUGCAAACCGCGGAACGAUCCUCAGAAAGAGGAAGUUGAAGCCAGCGGUGAUUCUGAAACUGUAAAAAGGAAGGUGCUCACUGUAGAGGACAGAAGAAAGAGUCUUCCAGUUUCUCAAUGUCUUGAAUCGUUAGCAGACUUCUGGGACAACAUGUCCUAUGUGGAUUCAUCACUGCCUUUUCACCAGACCGCUCACGCAGGAACGCCGCCGGCUAGCGCCGUCAUUAAAGACGGGAUGUCUGAUGAGUCAAGGGUAGAGACGUGCAGAGGGAGCCGGUUGACAGGAGGCCGUGUUUUGGAGAUCCAGGCAGCUGUGGAGGCUCUGAGCUUCCAGAAGUGUCGGACGUCAGUGAUCGAAGCCUGGGAUAAAGUGCAACUACUAACGGGGGAGCUGGGAAAAGAGGCUGCGGCAGAGCUAACGCUUCCUGUAGCUGCACAUCGGGAAGGUUGCAGCUUCACUCAAGACGCCCUCUGCCAUCCACAACUCGUCCAGCGGAGGAAAGAAGCAAUGGAGAAUCAGACGUUCCAAAUGUUCGACACUCUUGGCAACAGAGAAGCGUUUGCUCUGGAUUAUCUGCCCACCAUGCGGACCAUCUGCAGGUCCGAGCAGCUGAAGGAACAAGGAAAAGUCAAGCGAAGGUUCCUGCACUAUCUAGAUGUGAUCCACUUGGGUCUUGAGAAGAGCACCCUGCAGCUGCUUGCUGAAGACUUCCCCUGAUCCACCGAGGCGUUUUCGUA